AAAAGAAAAUCCCUAACACCAUCUUCCACAGUUUCCCACUCAAAAAGCUCCCUCUAAUAUUUUACAAGGAAAACCAAAAAAACUCUAAAGUUCAAGAAGAGAGGACCAGGCUGACCAUAUAUGGGUAGUUUGGAAGACGAAAUACUCGUUCAGAUGGUACAUGAUUUUAUGGAAUAUUCAGAAUCACCUGCGAGACCUCUUUUUUCAUCUUCCUCAAACUGUCCGCCUCUUAAUAAUCAAACCCAAUACUUCACUUUGCUGGAUAUUCUUGGGAGAGGGACACAGUAUGAAGCUGAGGUCCUUAAAAGUAUCUUGAAUUAUAUGAGAAACAAAAGGAAUACAGAGAAAACUAUAGAUAUGAAAAAAUGGCUUUUACUCAAGCUAAAAAUGGAUGGUUAUAAUGCUUCCCUUUGUCAAACUUCUUGGGUCACUUCCUUGGGAUGUCCUGCUGGAGAUUAUGAGUACAUUGAGAUCAUACGUGAGCCAAUGAGACUUGUAGUGGACAUAGACUUCCAGUCACAAUUUGAAUUGGCUAGACCCACAGCAUCAUACAAACAGCUAACAGACACACUACCAACCAUCUAUGUUGGGACAGAGGCCAAACUCAUCAAGAUUAUCUCUCUUCUCUGCUCAGCUGCCAAACAGUCCCUUAAAGACAGAGGUCUCCAUUUACCCCCUUGGAGAACUACCACUUACAUGCAGUCCAAAUGGUUGGCUAGCUCUCUUAAAAAAGACCUAAAUAAUGCUGAUAAUGAAGUGAAAAGUAUUGGAGUGCAUUGUUUUAGCAACUGGGUGCCUCCAAUUGUAAAACCCAAGCGAAGGAAUUUGGGUAAUGGGUCUGGUCUGUCUAGUCAAUUCUCUAAUAUGAGGAUAAACUGCUGCUAGUUAAUUAAUUAUUUUAUUUUAUUUUUGGCUUCUGGUUUGGAAUUUAAUGUUAACAUAGCAGGCCGAGUAGUUCCUAGUUUUUUGGCCACUGUUUCUUCAUUUGUUUGUACUAGUUGUUGGCUUUAUCUCAGAUAGUUUUCAAGGAAUGAGGUGAAAUUAAUGGCAUUGCAGUUUCCAAUUAUUUA